AUGAAUCCCACUUCGGGAGCUCUGAGUCCACUCUCCCGGCCCAAUGGAACUGCCAAUGCCACCAAGAAUCUGGUGGUGACAGCGGAAAUGUGCUGCUACUGCUUUGAUGUCCUCUAUUGUCACCUCUAUGGUUUCUCCCAGCCACAACUUCCUAGAUUCACCAAUGACCCCUAUGCACUUAUGGACUCCCGAUUUCCCCCCAUGACUCGCGAGGAGCUGCCUGAACUUUUCUGCUCUGUCUCCCUCCUUACUGACUUUGAGGAUGCCAAUGAUUACCUGGACUGGGAUGUAGGUGUACAUGGGAUUCAAAUUGAAUUCAUCAAUGAAAAAGGCAUUGAAAGGGCAGCCACAUAUUUACCUGAGGUCGCUAGGGAACAAGGCUGGGAUCAGAUCCAGACGAUAGACUCCUUGCUCAGGAAAGGAGGCUUUAACGCUCCAAUUACGAAUGAAUUUAGAAAAACAAUUAAACUUACCAGGUACCGCAGCGAGAAAGUGACAGUCAGUUACGCGGAGUAUAUUGCUUCUAGUCAACCUUGUUUCCAGAAUGGCACUCUUCGUGCCCCGCCCCUCUACAAGCAUGACCAGUCCCAUCCCCCUGUGGCCGCCAGUGGCUAUGACAACAUUGGAGCAGGCGCCGCCUGUUCCUGGUCCAGUUAUGUCCAUCACUGCACCGUUCUAUGA